AAAUAACCCAUUCAACUACAAUCCCCUUUUCAAAUUAUUUUUCAUUUUUGAUACAUAAUUUCUUUAAUAUUUGUAAUUCCGAACAAAAUAUGACUAUGCUUUCACGCAAUGUUAUAAUGCAUAUUAUGUUACUAACAAUAAUAAUCAUUGGGAUAGUAGAAGGAAAAAAAGUUCAAAAUUGCGGUGGUUUUGGAAAUGGAAAAGGAGCAGAAGGAAACCAUGUUGGUGCAGGUGGUGGUCUUGGUGGAGGUGUAGGAGGAGGGGUUGGUGGUAGUGCAGGAGGAGGAGCUAGUGCUGAUGGAGGUUUAGGAGGAAAAGUUGGUGCUGGUGGAGGUUUAGGAGGAGGAACUGGUGCUGGAGGAGGAGUUGGAGCUGGUGGAGGUGGAGGUUUAGGAGGCGGAGCUGGUGUUGGUACUGGAGGAGGUGCAAAUGGAGGUGUUGGUGUUGGAGGAGGAGCUGGUGCUGGUGCUAGUGGAGGUUUAGGAGGAGAAGCUGGUGCUGGUAGAGGUGGAGGUUUAGGAGGCGGAGCUGGUGUUGGUACUGGAAGAGGUGCAAAUGGAGGUGUUGGUGUUGGAGGAGGAGCUGGUGCUGGUGCUGGUGGAAGUUUAGGAGGAGGAGCUGGUGCUGGUGCUGGAGCUGGUGGAGGUGGAGGUUUAGGAGGCGGAGCUGGUGCUGGUGGAGGUUUAGGAGGCGGAGCCGGUGCUAGUGGAGGUUUAGGAGGAGGAGCUGGUGCUGGUGUUGGUAGUGGAGGAGGUGCAAAUGGAGGUGUUGGUGUUGGAGGAGGUUUAGGAGGAAGAGCUGGUGCUGGUGGAGGUUUAGGAGGCAGAGCUGGUGUUGGUACUGGAGGAGGUGCAAAUGGAGGUGUUGGUGUUGGAGGAGGAGCUGGUGUUGGUACUGGAGGAGGUGCAAAUGGAGGUGUUGGUGUUGGAGGAGGAGCUGGUGCUGGUGGAGGUUUAGGAGGCGGAGCUGGUGUUGGUACUGGAGGAGGUGCAAAUGGAGGUGUUGGUGUUGGAGGAGGAGCUGGUGCUGGUGGAGGUUUAGGAGGCGGAGCUGGUGUUGGUACUGGAGGAGGUGCAAAUGGAGGUGUUGGUGUUGGAGGAGGAGCUGGUGCUGGUGGAGGUUUAGGAGGCGGAGCUGGUGUUGGUACUGGAGGAGGUGCAAAUGGAGGUGUUGGUGUUGGAGGAGGUGCUGGUGCUGGUGGAGGUUUAGGAGGAGGAGUUGGUGCUAGUGGAGGUGGACGUUUAGGAGGCGAAGCUGGUGUUGGUACUGGAGGAGGUGCAAAUGGAGGCGUUGGUGCUAGUGCAGGAGGAGGUAUUGGAACUGGUGGAGGUGUAGGAGCAAGAGUUAAUGGUGGUGCACGAGCAGGUGUUAUUGCAACUAGAGGUGCUAAAAUUGACGAAAGUAGAAAGGGCAUACUUAGAGUUUCUAAAGAUACUAAAUUUGGUAUUACCAAAAAAAGUGUUCAUGCAAAAAAUAAAGGUGAUCCUCAAGCUUAAAAUUUGGGUAAGUGGUGGAGGUAUUGACCUUUAAUUAUAUACACGAAGAGAUUUUAGUAUAGUUGAAAGAAUAAAUAAUUGAGUUAUUGUAGAUGAAACUCAAUAUAUUAUAAUUAAUAGAAAUAAGAAGUGAUUACAGUGAUAUUGUACACCACUCUGAUAUAAGUAUUGAAUGUAAAGAUCAUCAUCUAUCUUAACUUCUAUAGUUGAGAUUUAUGUAGAUUGUUAUUAUAUGGCCUAUUGCAAGUAAUUAGUGGACAAUAUAUGAGUGUUGUAAAUUA